UUGCAGUUCACGCGACUUCUAUGAACAACACUAAUAAACUUAUUAGCGGUGAUAACAAGGGUUACGCCUCACAGCUCUUUGAACAGGAUAUCAAUGGCGGGACACUUCACGGGAAGGGACCAUUCGUGGCAUUAUUCCCGCAAUCAAAUGAGGGCGACGUCUCGCCUAACACUAAAGGACCGUUUUGUUUGGACACUGGUUUGCCGUGCGAUACGAACACCAGUACUUGCGGCGGACGGAAUGAAAAUUGUGUUGCCUUUGGUCCGGGAAAUGAUAUGUUUGAAAGCACUAAAAUCAUUGGUUUCCGCCAAUACUCUAAAGCCAAAGAGCUUUUCAAGAGCGCCGACACUGAACUGUCGGGAAAAAUCCAAUACAUUCAUCAAACUAUCAAUAUGUCAGACGUGACCAUUCAGUUGCCCAACAACGCGACCGCUAAGACUUGCGCGGCGGCAAUGGGUUACAGUUUCGCCGCCGGCACUACAGAUGGACCAGGGGCUUUUGAUUUUCGUCAAGGUGACACGAGUUCGUCUCCGUUCUGGAAUUUGGUGCGAAACCUAAUUAGGACUCCUUCUCAGCAAUUGAUUGACUGCCAAAACCCAAAGCCUAUUCUCUUCGCCACCGGAGAAAUGCAUUUCCCGUAUUUGUGGGAA